GCUAUCUCUCCUCACACUCUAGGGCAGAGGUUGGGAAAUAGGCCAAUCAAGACACAGGAAACAAAGGGUCUUCCCAGAUGACGGAUGUCUUCAGAUACCCCUUUUUGCCGGACCCAGACAUAUUGGCUGGGAAGGGUGAAUUGUCAGGAGGUCCUGACAGAGCAAUUACGCUUUUCUACGCCACUCUUGAGUUUUCUUUUUUUGGGUAAUGGCAAGUUCCCAGUGUUUAUGGGUUUUGAUCUCAGGCUCCAUCUCUCUGUGGAAAAAUGUCUUUUAAAUUUUUAGCUAACCAUAAGCCAAACCAAGUGACCCCCUCUAACACAGACCAGCCAGCUAGACCAACAACUUGGGCUUCUUACAUUCUUCUGAGAUGCCAAGUGUUUGACUGCACUAUGCCUGGUAUUCAUUUUCAGUUCCAGUUUACGGAAGCACAAAAGGAGGAAGAGAAGGUCAAGAAACUGAUAACAAAGCUUAGAUUGGGUUCACUGUAGCCUGACUGAGAAGUUGAAUACAUCCUAGAUGAACUCCAGCCUAAGGGUACUUUAAACCUUUCCAUUCCAGGUUACUCUCACAAUGGGAGAAACACAGGUGUCAAAGGACACAUUUCUACAUACCACACGUAUCGAACGAACACAUCAUCUGAGCUACCAAAAAUCUGCUGACUACAGAGCUUUGUAAAUGGACUCUGACAUGGACUACGAACGACCCAACGUUGAGACCAUCAAGUGUGUGGUCGUGGGCGACAACGCCGUAGGGAAGACGCGCCUCAUCUGUGCCCGGGCCUGCAACACCACCCUGACACAAUACCAGCUGCUGGCCACCCAUGUGCCCACCGUGUGGGCCAUUGAUCAGUACCGUGUCUGCCAGGAGGUCCUGGAGAGGUCCAGGGAUGUCGUUGAUGAAGUGAGCAUCUCCCUCAGGCUUUGGGACACGUUUGGAGAUCACCACAAAGACAGGCGGUUCGCAUACGGCAGGUCCGAUGUUGUGGUCCUCUGCUUUAGCAUCGCGAACCCUAACUCCCUAAAUCAUGUGAAAACCAUGUGGUAUCAAGAAAUCAAGCACUUUUGCCCUCGAACGCCUGUCAUCCUGGUUGGCUGCCAGCUAGACCUCCGCUACGCCGACCUGGAGGCCGUUAACCGGGCUAGACGCCCCUUAGCAAGGCCCAUAAAGAGAGGUGACAUUUUGCCCCCAGAAAAAGGCCGCGAGGUGGCAAAGGAACUUGGCAUCCCUUACUACGAGACCAGCGUGUUUGACCAGUUUGGCAUCAAGGACGUGUUCGACAACGCCAUCCGAGCGGCCCUCAUCUCCCGCCGGCACCUGCAGUUCUGGAAAUCCCACUUGAAAAAAGUCCAGAAGCCUCUGCUUCAGGCGCCCUUCCUACCUCCGAAAGCUCCUCCCCCGGUCAUCAAGGUCCCCGAGUGUCCGUCCGCGGGGACGAGCGAUGCUGCCUGUUUACUGGACAAUCCCCUGUGCGCCGACGUCCUCUUCGUUCUCCAUGACCAGGAGCACAUCUUUGCGCACCGCAUUUACCUCGCUACCUCUUCUUCCAAAUUCUACGACCUUUUUUUAAUGGAGUGUGAAGAAUCCCCGGGUUGGGUUGGAGGAGCUGAUGAGGCAGUGCCGUGCAGGGAUUUUCAGGGGCGGACGCAGAGUCUUGGAUCAGCCGAGGAAGGGAAGGAUGGCCCCCAGAGUACCCCUCAGGCUGACCCUGGAGCAUCUUCAGGCCAGGACCUGCCUGAGAGUUUGGCUUUGCAGAUGGAGGCCUCGGGUUCCGAGGCACACGCCCUGUCUGGCUGGAGCAAGGGGUUUGUCAGCAUGCACAGAGAGAUGCAGGUCAACCCUAUUUCCAAGCGGGUGGGCCCAGUGACUGUGGUCAGGCUGGACCCAUCGAUGCAGUCAGGCCCUUUCCGGACCCUGCUGAGAUUCCUCUACUCUGGGCAGCUGGACGAAAAGGAGAAAGAUCUGCUGGGGCUGGCUCAGAUGGCCGAGGUCCUGGAGAUGUUUGAUCUGAGGAUGAUGGUAGAGAAUAUCAUGAACAAGGAAGCCUUUAUGAAUCAGGAGAUCACGAAAGCCUUCCAUGUCAGGAAAGCCAAUCGGAUCAAAGAAUGUCUCAGCAAGGGCACCUUCUCAGACGUGACAUUUACCUUGGAUGACGGAGCCAUCAGCGCCCACAAGCCGCUGCUGAUCUGUAGCUGCGAGUGGAUGGCGGCCAUGUUCGGGGGUUCCUUUGUGGAAAGCGCCAACCACGAGGUUCACCUCCCAAAUAUAAACAAGACGUCGAUGCGGGCAGUGUUGGAAUACCUCUACACCAAGCAGUUGUCACCCAACUUGGACCUGGACCCCCUGGAGUUAAUUGCCUUGGCAAACAGAUUUUGCCUGACACACUUGGUUGCGCUCGUAGAGCAGCACGCUGUCCAGGAGCUCACCAAGGCCGCGGUCAGUGGUGUGAGCAUCGAUGGUGAAGUUCUCUCCUACUUGGAGCUGGCGCAGUUUCACAAUGCCAACCAGCUAGCCGCCUGGUGUUUGCAUCACAUCUGCACCAACUACAACAGCGUCUGUUCCAAGUUCCGCAAGGAAAUCAAAUCCAAGUCAGCAGACAACCAGGAGUACUUUGAGCGGCACCGCUGGCCCCCUGUGUGGUACCUGAAGGAGGAAGACCACUAUCAGCGAGUGAAGAGGGAACGAGAGAAAGAGGACCUGGCGCUGAACAAGCACCAUUCGAGGAGAAAGUGGUGUUUCUGGCAUUCGUCCCCAGCUGUCGCCUGAGGAGGAGGAGGAGGAAGAGAGGGGACUGUCACCCGCUAAGGGCCACCUCCAUGGUUGACCACUCUACUAUAAAAACCAGUCUCCUUAGCCAUUGCGCAGUUGGGUCUGGGGCCCUGGCUUUGUCACUCGUGUUCUUUAAUCUCCACCAGGAUCAAAGCACAAGCCCUGCCACCAACGAGCAGGGACAUAAAAGGAAAGCUGAGUGACAUUCCCAAGUUCUUCAACCAGAAUGUCUUCCCCCACCCCUUGGUUAGGAAGCUACUACACUUUAGUCCGUUACUUUGUUCCUUUUGAUACAAAGAAAAAAACAACAGAACCCAGCUUUUCGUGUCUCAGAUUCCAGAUUGGAGACCUAUUUUUCUAUGGACUCUUGUACUUCGCUGAGGUGUGACAAUACUGUGUGUUACUUUAUUUUAUAGGCCGCACAUUGACCACGAAGUCGCCCCCAUGACUCUCUCAGCCCACGUGACCACCAAGCGUCACUCAUGAUUACAGAGUUAUCCUUUCGUUGUGAGGUAAAGGGUUGAGCUGAAGAGGCCUGAAGUAUUCAAGCUGAAAGCGCUUAAUCUUUGUUCUGAUGAGCAAUGUUGGUAUAAUUACCUAUUUACAAGAUUUCCUUUUUAAGUGCUAGUAAUUACAUGGUUAUCCGUGCCAUAUAGCUGCAGUGAGGGCAAAUAGCCUACUGUUGAAGAGAUCUAGAUUCAAAGAGGAUAAUCCUCCCACUCACUACAAGGGCUUAUUCCACCCCAAUCCUAUCAGGGGCAUGAAUGACUGCCGGACCUGGGUCCCUACGAUGCCAUUCGGGUCCUACCAUUGGAUAACUAUGUCAGGGUUGGUGACUUAAAGUGUUCUGUGGUUUUGCUGUGCCUCCACUAGCAAACCCUCCCGGGGCCUGAACAGAGAUAAGGGAAAGGGAAAAGGCUCAACCCACUGUCUUCGGGUCCCAUCACCUCGGCCUCACACCUGAGGCCAACUUCACUUCGUAAGACAAGUUGUUUUGCUUUGGCUUUUUGUUUUUGGUUUUUGUUUUUUUUUUUUAAACUCUUCCCAGGGAAAAUUCAGGUCACCACUAAAGUAGGCCAUGGCAGACCACCUGCUUCUCCAAGCGGUCUUACCACAGAGCCUGUGAAAGCACAAAGCUAGGGGCCAGGUCCUGCCUUCUCCAAGCAGGGAAAGGAGCCAAAUCCUAAGCGAGUGGGGAAUGGUGCUAUUACGUGGUAGUCCCGACCCCGGGUCCCUUGGGAAGAUCAGUGUUAGAACAGAACUUGCAAAGCAGAGGAGCACUCAAACGGCAUCCACAUCAUUGCCUCUCUGCAGAUAAAAUGUUACAGUAUACACACGUGUGCACACACACACAAUCACCAGAGAGUCACAGCUCCACACCUACCACGGGAUGUCGUGUGCUGGACACUGGGGCCCAUCCUGUUGAGAGGUCACCUUACUGAUGCUAAGGGCUAUUGAUCUUUGUUUGUUUGUUUGUUUGUUUGUUUUUGUUUAAGGGAGGGAGUUUCUGAAGACAGGAAAGAGACAGUUGAGUCCAAACUCCAAAUGCCAUAUGGAUUUGGUAAUCUGUGUAGACCACAGGCAGGCGUUUUGUUUCUGGCAUGGCCACAUACCAGAUACAAGAGCUUAGAAAGACCCAGGAAGGCAUCACCCUCUCGUGGCAGAGAGGGAGCCGCAGGGGAGGGGGCGGGGCGGGGGGCGAGCUGAGAAAGCCUUCCCCCUUAACUUUGUUAAUAGGGCAAAUGGCUGACGGAAGGAGAAGGUGGGUGGAAGGAGAGGGUACAUGUCAAGCCUUGGGGAGAAGGAACAUAUAGCCACCUAGAGCUUCUGUUUUCAGUGAGUAGUCCUAGUUGAACUUCAACAACCAAAGCUCCAUCCGAUUGUACUCUUGCCAAAACACAACAGACACAUACCCGAACAUGGGGCGAAAGCAAUAAUAUCCUCUCAUGUUCUUCACGGCUGCUGGAACCAAGUGGCUGGUUCAUUUGGUUGACACUGAUCCGCCUUUAACCACGAUGGUUCGUUUUGUGUUUUGUUUUUUUAUUUCACAGAAAGCAAAUAAAAUUGUUUAGCU